AUGGCUCCAGGACUCGCUCGCAAGUAUGAAAUCAAUGCCGAUAUGGGCGAAGGUUUUGGACGAUGGAAGAUGGGCCCUGAUGAAGAGUUGAUGCCCUUCAUUGAUGCUGCAAAUAUUGCUUGCGGCUUUCACGCUGGCGAUCCUUCCAUUAUGCUCAAGACUAUUCGUCUUUGCAAAAAGCACGGCGUUAGAGCCGGCGCUCACCCUGGAUUGCAAGACUUGUUUGGCUUCGGUCGGAGAAAGAUCGAAGUCGACGUCAAUGACAUGUACGCCAUGGUUCUCUAUCAAGUCGGUUCUCUCAAAGCCAUGCUAGAUGCCGAAGGUGUAGAGCUGUCUCACAUCAAACCCCAUGGGGAACUCUUUUUUUACAUGCAAAGAGACAAGGCCAUCAUGAGAGCCGUGUUGGAGGCAUGUGCGACUUUCAAAGUGCCCGUUUAUGCCUCUCAGAAUCCUGAACAAGAGGCAAUGUGCAAGGAGAUGGGCAUUCCUUUCCAAGGAGAAGUGUAUGUCGACGUGGAUUAUUCACCAGAAGGAAAACUUGUGCCUGUGGCACAGUCUCAACAGGUUACGCCAGACCUUUGUUAUGAACGGGCAUUCGGGGCGACUAUGGCUGAUAGUGGGAAGGACAUCAACGGGAACAAGUUCAGCUAUGGCUUUGAAGGUCGGCCUUUUAGCAUUUGCCUUCACUCAGACGUGCCAACGGUCCUUCAGAACGCGAAGGUAGUACGCCAGGCAGUUGAUGACGCCAACCGGUCCAAGUUUGCGUCGGAAAUUAGUAAAGUUAAUGACAUAUAA